UUUUUCAUUUCCUGGUCAUAUGACAGGCGACUGAGUGCACUGCUGCUCCUUCCUGCUUACACCUCGGCAGAAAAUCAGCUCUUUCACCGUAGUGUUUCUUUGUAAUCGUGCUGUAAACUGAAUAUUCAACCCAGAAGGACAACAAACUACAGUUUUUCCCUCUUCUCCUGAUUUCUGGAUCAUUCACCCUGCACGUGGGCCAGAAGAGAGUCUAUUUUCCGUCCGUUUUUUCCAACGCAACAAGCCGAAAGUAAUCUCAAAGAGAAGACAGUGGAUUCAAUGAGGGAGCCAGAGAGGGAGGAGCAGACUGACGCCAGCAUGCCUCCCAAAUUCAAGCGGCACCUGAACGACGAUGAGGUCACUGGCUCAGUACGCAGUGAGAGGAGGAACUUGCUGGAAGAAGACUCUGAUGAGGAGGAAGACUUCUUUUUAAGAGGACCAACUGGACCCAGGUUUGGCCCGCAGAAUGACAAAAUCAGACAGGUGCAGUCUCAGGUUGAUGAGGUGAUUGAUGUGAUGCAGGAGAACAUCUCGAAGGUGAUUGAACGUGGAGAGCGUCUAGAAGACCUGCAGGAUAAAUCUGAGAGCCUGUCGGACAAUGCAUCUGCGUUCAGCAGCCGGGCCAAACAGCUACACCGGAGGAUGUGGUGGAGGGACAUAAAGAUGAAGAUGAUCGUGGCAUUAGUGAUAGUCGUAUUGCUGCUUAUUAUAAUUAUCCCUGUGAUACUGCGGUAUCACUAGUUUCCUGCACGGAGGUUGGAGGCUUCAUCUGCUCUCCCUCCAUCCUCCUCCUCCUCCAUCGCCAUUCCUGUACAGAAGUAUUGGGUGCUGCGAGACCCACUGAAUGGUCUCCCUGAAGCUUCAGUAGGAUCAUCUACAACACUGAGGCAGUGAAGAGUGUGUGCGCACGUGUCUGUGUGGGCUUAUGCUCUUUUGAAUAGGUCAACACACCAUUCCAAGUGGUCCACCCUACAUCCACACCCUACUCAUGCAGUAAAUGUAUAUACAUGGUAGUGUUUCUAAGUCUAGAACCAGUCUUAGUCUUAAGGUUUAUAUCCAAUUUUAUUAUUAUAUUGUUACAAAGACCUCAACCAUUCCACCCAUGCUUACCAGCACACAAACGCACACACUCAUAUGUGUUUGUCAUUUUCCCCUCGCAUUAGUGGAAUUAGGUCACCAUGCAUUCGAUGAAGCCUUCACUCUGUACUGUUAAUAUGAUCUCGUAAAAGUUUUAAACAAAUUAUUAGAGUUAAUCCAAGAUCCACUGGUGGAGAAAGAGACACUUUUAAACAUCGGUUUCUGUAGUCAUUUUCUCUCCAAGGAAAUACUUUUCACUUAUUUGGCAGGUGUUUAAAAAAAAAAAAAAAAGAGUUAAACGAUCGUGGCUAAUUGUGGCGAGUUGUUCUAGUGUUUUGGCUUUCACAGAGCACUUCUUGUAUUGAUUGGCUAGCUCGUUUUUUUUAAUAAUUUGGCAAGUUCUACUUUGACGGGCUUACUGCUUUUAUAAGCUUCAUUAAGAUGUAAGGUCAUGCAAACCUGAAUACUCCUGAUCCAUUUACAGCAGUGAGGUGCUGAAAUGAGCUGAAAUUCUAAUCUGUAGCGUAAUAAAUGUAAAUUUUUAAAAGUGUGUGUGUGUAUAUAUACCAUUCAAAUGUAAAGCUGGCAAAAAAUUAUGAUUCAGCUGGCUUGCACUGAAUAUAUCCAAUAAACUAGGACCAGAAUUAACUGCAGUAUUUUUUUUGGACAGGACAUACGGAAACGAUAUGCUUGUUACCAGUGCAUAGGAGUUUAAAAGCCUACACUGUUGCUUGCUUUAAAAGGGAGGAAUGAGCACAGUGUUUGGAUUUAGUAAUGCUGAAAGAUGGUUCGAUGAGUAAUCAGAUUUGUAAAGCCUGUAGGUGAAUUGCUAUUGAUUUGUUUCGCUGUUUAAUGGGAGGCAACAUGGAAAAUUUACAUCUGUAAAUUUGUAUCAACUUGUAUUGCUUUAAUGAUGUACUAUUCUUUUGUAUUUAAUUUAUCUGUAAAUAUCCAUUCCUUGAACAAGGGAAUUGCAUAACUAGACUGUGAACUACCUUUGCGUUUUGAAAUAAAUUGGUUUUAAAGCGAGUCUGGCUGGAUAAGUUUCAGAAGCAGAAGAGUGAGAUGAAAACGUUUCCCACCCUAAACUAAAACUACCCACAUUGAUGUCUCGCUUCCUUCUCAUCAUCGCUUUGCUCUCUUCUCUCUACUGUAAAUUUCAUUAUUCAGGUUUUUACUAGAUUCUGUGCUGCUCAAUACGGUCCCUUGUCACUACUAAAACAGCUUUGAUUUUAAAAACUCGUCAUUCCAGCUUUUAUUUCCUGCCUUUACCUUUUUCCCCUGCUUUAAUGCUGCUUCCCUCAAUUUUUUUUCCAUCUUCCAAUUUAUAUCCCAUUCCCUCUGUUCUCAUUGCCAGUGUGUGGUUGGUUUCUGCAGGUCCAGAGUAGGCAGCAGCACCAAGCCAUGGCAACGAACACAAAGACACAUUAAAUACUGCAGCAAUAGCCAGCCUAUUUUUAGGGAGAUGCAAUAGAUGGAACAGUAUUCAGUUUCUUUCUCACUGUCUCUUUAUAUCCCACUUUAUUUUUCCAUCUCGUGUAAUCUCCUCAGCUUUAUGCAUGUAAAGCUUGUAUCGAUAUGGUGUAUCAAGACCUGCUGAAAACUGAGCUAAGAAGUACAGACAUGAGCCUGAUCACUGUGCUUCUGGUUUGAAUCUUACGUAAGUCUCCAUACAACCAAAUCCCCCUGCAUGUCACUUUGAGGUUGAAAAUUAGGUUACUAGUGUUUUUUCAUCAUGAUAACGAUGAAAAUUUCAUAGUAUGUUUCAUAUUUUCAGGGAAGCCAUGUUCUAAAGGUUAGAGAAGCAGCUUUGGGACCAAAAGGUUGCCGGUUUGAUUCCCUGAACCAACAGGAAUGGCUGAAGUGCCCUUGAGCAAGGCACGGAACCCCCAACUGUUCCUUGGGCCGCCCACUGUUGUGGGUAUGUCAGGGUCUUGUUGUACGUCGCUCUGGAUAAGAGCGUCUGCUAAAUGCCUGUAAUGUAUUUAAUAUAUGAAAUGUAUAAUGUAUACAACUUGACAAAUAUAGUUAUAUUACAUUAGUUACAGUCAGAAGUUUACAUACCGUAAGUGGCCAUGAAUAUCAGGGCAAUAUCAUGGCACUAUUUCUUUGAAUUGUUCUUUUUCUGUGGCAGAAUGAUUGUAUACCAUACAUCUUUAAAAGAAAUAAAA